CAAACAAAUGUCCUUAUAACCAUGGAAAAACUUCCAGUGAAUUGCACAAUUACAGUACAUCUUAGUACUCCCAGUUACCUGUUGGCCUUUUUUGAGAUUGGAAACGUGACGAAAGUGAUGCCGCCCAAGUUCAAGAAAACCUUAUCAAUCAGUAGGAAACUGUCGUAUUUUGGAAUUAAGACGAAAGUAAAACCUGUUUAUGAAAAGGGAUAUUUUGCAAAUUUAACCGCAAGUUUUUGGACGAUAAGUGAUGAGAAUCUUAGGCUAUUUGGUCGAAUGAAACCAACGCCAUUGCUAUAUGAAAUAGAAGAAAUCGUUCCCAUUAAUGUAUAUCUCAUUGAACAUUGCUCCCCGCGUUUGACAAUGCCAAAGUGCUCUAAUCCCCGAUCCCCAAGAAAAAUACUGGUCAGUCGAGAACUUUUUAUUACUGGCUUAUUUCUGGAAAACUGCAAUUUAACUACCAGGACUACAUAUAAUUGGAGACUGAAGGAUGCGAUUGGGUUAAUUUGCAUCAUAUAAUACACAUAGUCCAGUCCUUGAUAUUCGGCCAUUUACAUUGCGGUUUCCCACUUCCUAUGAACUGUGGCGGAAUUUGUAUGUUUUUGAAGUCGAGGGAAACCUUAAUGGACUGAAUUUCUCUGCCCGCUGCUAUCUAAAACUGGUUAUGGGUCAGGUGGAAGCUGUAAUUCUAGGUGGUAAAACUAGAAGGGCCCAGCAAAGUGAAAUACUUUGGAUGAACGGCUCCACGAGUUACGACUUCUCUAAGAGAAGUAAGGAAAUUCAGUUUUCUUACUAUAAUUGGAACUGCUACUCAUUUGACGAUAGUCGUAAUCCAUUUUGCCAUCAAAACAUAUCGUCGGUUGCUGAGUUUUCUAUUCCAGCCAAUUCCUUAAAAACUGGUUGUAGAUAUAUUUUUCGCUUGCAAGUGUCUAGAGAUGACAAUCCUAAUAUUUCCUCGCAAACAGAGCAAAUUAUUAAAAUGAUAAAUUAUAAUAUCCUAGAAAUAAUGAUAGAAUGUGUAAAGAAUUGUAGAAUGGAUUUCUUCAUUCCGAACUCGAAGGUGCAUCUCGAUUCAAUAUGCACCAAUUGCGGAAAUCAAAAUGUAAGAUACCAAUGGUUUAUCGACGGUCAGUUGGUACUUACUUCCAAGGAGCUGGUUAUGGAUUUACGAACAUCAUUAAAUGAGAUUCGCGUAAAGCUUCUCAUUUCAUCGGAAGAUGGGCGCUACGGUCGAAAAAGUAAGACACUGGUAAAAAAUUUGAGUCCCACUGGUGGGACAUGUUCGGUGAAUCCAAAAGAAGGCUACGAGGCACUCACACCAUUUUAUCCCUGUUGCCGAAACUUUGUGUCAUUGAACAACCCAAUAGAGUAUUGGUAUUAUGCCGGUCCAGUACUUCUCAAUAGCUGUCUAGAUUGCAACUGCGAAGUUUACUUACCUGUCACCGAUUUCAUAAAAGUGCUGGUAUGCGAUGUUUUCUGGUCUUGUCACACCAGUUGGAUAAAGGUUAAAGUCAAUGCCCUGAACAAAGUUCCCCAUAAAGUUCAAAGCCUUCUGGAAGAAGGACCUCUGCAUCGGUAUUUACAAACCAUACAAUCCUUAGCGUCUCACCUAACCAAUGCGGAUUCUGGAACACUUCUUUUAAAUAACUUCACAUCGAUCCAUCCUCAAUCGUGGAGUUCACUCGCAAGAUUGGUUAAUCUGAGUUUAACAUUAGCACACCGUUUAUAUCCCGUAGAUCAAAAGACAAAAGCUUUACUAUCCAUGGUGGCUAUGAAUAUAAAUAAUAACUUACAGGAAAUACACCUCAACGAUAAUAUAUCUUUUCUAACGGAAAAGCCAUUUAUUGACAUUUCUUUAGCUUGCUUAAAGAUCUAUGAAAUGAUGAAAAGAUUACACAAAAUGACCUACCAACCUCCAUGGUCAAUUUAUAAUCAGCAAAUUGACCUUAUCGAAAGAUCCGUCCAAACAUUGGGCAUCGGAAAAACCAUAUUUCCAUGGGUAAUAUUCAACUCUACAUCGGAAACGGAGCGCCUUCAGCGAAGUUUUAGACAUUUUCAACGCAAUCAAUUCCAAUUAAAUCCUGGUUAUAGGAAAGAGGAAGUUGUAGUGGAAGUUCAAUGCUUUGACAAAUUUCCAAAAAAAAACAUCAUUGUAAGGACAAGGGAUAAAAUUCAAGUUGUUACUUUUACGCCAGGCGUUUUUGAAGAAGUUUUGCGCAAAAAUCAUGGUCAUGGCUGUCUUAAGGUGGUAUCUAUUAAACAGAAACUAAAUUGGUGGUACCCACUAGAGAAACAACCAAGUGCUCUUGUAGUUUCUGUUCGCAUUUAUGAAAAAGAAGAUAACUUUACCGUUCAAGUACCGCUCAACAAAACUAAAAUUUCCUUUAAAACGAAGGUGACAUAUCACGCCGAACCGAUUGUUCUAAAUCAGUCGAGAAAGAAGCGUUCGGAUCAUAUUUCCCAUGCUGGAAUAUAUGUAAAUUGCAUGAAAACGGGAACCAUUUGGACUCUUCAUGAAGUUCGUAUGUACCGCAUAAUGCUGAUGGAACACUCAUUACUGGCUGUACAUUUCACUAAGACCACUCACGAUCUACAGAUAGUGCUAAAAACGAGGUAUAAACCUUUGUUUCAUGAAAUUGAAACUUCAACUUGCCUGAUCCCGGCGUUAGAUAAAAUUAAAGUACUGCUUAUGCGAAAUAAUUGCCAUUCAGGAAGGCGGGCCUAUAUUGCAAUACGAAUUGCCUCUAAUAUUUCGGUUAAACAUAGCCCCAAUACACCAAUAGCCGAUGGACCGGCCACUUUUUCGUUUUCCUUUCAAAUUCGUAGCUGUGAUGUUUGGCCAUAUAGCUUUCCACCGGACAAGCAAAAAUGGUUACACUUUGGAUGUUACCCCACAAUGGACCUGAGUUGCAAGAAGGGAAUUCGCUGCACUUGCGAUAUCCUGGGAACAUACACCAACCAUUUGUACUAUAUUCCUCCCAUUGAGGUUCCAGUUGGUGUCUAUACAGAACCACAUCUCAAUGUUAAAAUUGUGAUAUUUUAUGCCAUUACACUGGUUUUUAUACUACUGUGGAUACUUUUGUUCUAUUUAUACCGAAAUGUUCUUCCCAGUAGAACGGUUUUAUAUCAGAAUUUUGAGACGGAGGAUGAGACUACAGGAGAGCUACAUGACUUGACAGUCUGUCUUAAAGUCGGAGGUCGCUUGAAUUCCGGGACCACCGCAUCGGUUACGCUGUUAUUAUAUAGCCCAUUUGAAACCCAGCGGAAGAUUACGAUCUUACAAGAUCCUGAGCAUAUAAUUCUUAAGCAAAAUAUCACAUUAAAUAUAUGCAUACGAACGCGAGACAUCCGUAUACCCACAAAAGUUUUGGUUUACCAUAACAAUGCGGGACGUUUUUCAAGUUGGUAUCUGCGCCGCAUAGAGGUGACCGAUGUUCAAGCCGGCGAAACGCAGGUCUUUAUGGUCAAUAAAUGGAUACAAAAUAAUAUGUUUUUAUUGUCAUCAUCCUUGAUCUAUCGUUCUGGAGACGUAAGGUUCCUCGACAGUUGGAAGACUCGAUUCAAAGCGCACUUUGAGCUGCUUUGGAUCAAUUACUCACUGUGGCAACCUGUGACCGGAAAUUGGAGGGAAUCGCCUAGAUUUCCACGAAUGUCCCGAGCUAAAAGAUUCUGUGUCUUCAUCAGCAAACUACUAGUUUCCUACACAUUGUGUGCUACAUAUUUCGGAUUGACAACAACCCAAAGUUUACAAUUACUCCGAUCCAAGUUUUUAAAUUACAAAGAUUUGGUUAUACUAACCAUCGUCAGCUGGUUGGUGGAUUUGAUUCUGCAAAUAUUAUUUACAGUGGUGAGCUUGAAAUGUGGCUAA